AUGCGGCCGCUCACGGACGACGAGAUGACGACAGUGUUCGAGAAGAUCAGCAAGUACAUUGGCCGCAACGUGCAGCACCUCGUGACGCGACCUGACGAGAAGUACUGCUUCCGUCUGCACGGAGACAUCGUGUACUACUGCAGCGAGAAGCUCAUGCGCCAGUCCACCAACGUGGGUACAGACGAGCUCCUGAGCAUUGGCACGGCCGUGGGAAAGCUCACGAAGACCAAGAAGUUCCAUCUGCGCAUCACGUUCUUGGACUACAUGGCACAGUACGCCAAGUACAAGGUCUGGAUCAAGCCCAAUUCCGAGAUGUCCUUCUUGUACGGCAAUAACGUGGUCAAGUCGGGCCUCGGUCGCAUCACGGAAGGCACGCCGCAGUACGCCGGUGUCGUCGUCUUUAGCAUGAACGACAUCCCACUGGGCUUUGGGAUCGCUGCCCAGGCCACCGAGCUGUGCAAAGACUUGGAACCCACGGCCUACGUGGUGCUGCACCAAGCAGAUAUAGGCGAGUACCUCCGCGUUGAAGACGAAUUGUUUUAG